UUCACAAUGAUUGUCUGUAAAGUAACACUUCCGUCUGUAAAAUUUACAUGAAGUCCAUGAAAUAUUGUCGCUGAAAUUGCCAAAAUGUGUUUGAUUCUGCAUGCAACUGUUCUUUUGGCACUUGGCAUGAAUGUGCUUCCAUGUGUAAAUAAGUCAAGUAGAAACGCCACUGUUGGAGAAGCUGUCCUCCUCGACCCAAACUGCACGGACUGUAAUGCAUCUUCAGUUGAAUGGAAAUUUUCUUCAAACUUGAUGAGCAGCUGCAUUUCUUCUUAUAUUGCAAUAGAAGAGCCAAUUUCUAAAACUAUUUUUGGCGCAUUUAAGGGUAAAGUGAACAUUCUAAACAAAGGACUUCAUUUAAGGCUUUCAUCUGUUCAUUUCAACAACACAGGGAACUACACCAGAAUUCUUACAACAAGGAAUGGAAUGGAGCACUGUGUUACCAUAACAGUCAAUGUACAUGAAGAUUCCAAAAAAGCAGAAACUUUUGAGGUAAACCAGAAAAAAACAGAAGAUAAUAGCUUCACAACAAUAUACACCUCAGUAUCAAUCAUUGGAGUCAUUUUAGGAUUAACAAUAAUACUACUUUGGAUUAAAAGAAAAUCAGUUGGAAGAACAGCAUCAUCAGUAAAUAGAUUUUCACUCUCAACCAUGUCCAAGGAAGAUCCAAUUUAUGGCAAUUUGGGUCACCAAAGAUCUAUCUGAAAAGAAGAACUGAGAAGCUGCCACAAUGUCCCAGGUGAUUCCGCUUAUCAAAAGUGUCAAAUAACAAGGACGUACAUAAAGAGAAUAUUCUGUAGACUGAACUUGCUGUCUGAUGAAAUGCUCAGAUCUGUCUAUCUCAACAAUAAUGUUUGAAACCUUCCCUAGCUGCAAGUUUACAUCAUGGCUGAAUCUCACUUUAGCAACUUGCUGUGAACCACUAAAUUUAUUAAACAUUUGUUUGUGUUUUGUUUCUAAAGGAGACCUGAAUUUUCAGAAAUCAUCUGUUUCAACCACAGUAAUGAUGGUUGCCUAAAACAAACUAUUCAAUGAAAAAAUUAUGUCCAUUGAAUUCAGUACAUGCUCUAUCACAUUACUGUGUAAAUUGACUGAAAUCAAUGUAAAAGGUUAUGUUUAAGGGCUGGUUUAUUUCUAAGUUCCUGCCUGGCUGGAUAUGAUUCUUGGUCUGCACCUUGCUUUCUGCCACUCUCUAAAACCAUUAAAUAUCUGUGCAAGGGAUUCAAGCCCUAUUUCUCUUAUUAACUAACUUGAGUAUCUAUUUCAACUUCAAAGGGGAAUUGGGGAAGUAGGAGCCAAAGGAAUAUUAAACUAUCUUAUCAGUGAAACAUAAAACCUUGAAAUCUUAAUGGACAUUAAGAUUCAUCUGUUCCAGCUCCAACUUCCACCCAAAUGUGGAGGGGACUGUUUAUUCCCAUCCAGAGAUGUUGCCUGCCAUGCUGAGUUCCUCCAGCAUUUUUUGUGUUUUGCUCAUGAUUUCCAGCGUCUGUACAAUCUCUUGGGUCUUGGAAUUACUACCGUACUGCUGGGUGAAGGUCAACAUUUAUGGACGGGCAAGAAAAUUAUGGUGCCAAUAGAGGAGAUCAACAGGUUUUACCUCAAAUAAAACCUUAUAACUCAAAUACAUUUUUAAGGUGUAAGUGAAAGUUCAUCUACAUUAAGUUAGUAAAUUAAGUGUGGAUUGAGAAAAAUAAAUUUAAUGUUUUAACUAAUACAUUUACUAUUAUAACACAUUCCUUCUUCACUUUGAAUUAAGAGUUACUGGUAGUUUUUAAAAAAGAAGCUUUAACAAAAUUGUAUUCCAUUUCACAAAAUUCACGAUUGAACUUAUUUUGUCUGCAUUUAAAAAUGUUCUAGCUUGUUUGUAGAAAAAGUCCUUCAGAAGACCAAAACUGCCUUUUUUACUCUGACUUAAAUGUGAAUCUAGAUACACAGCCCUGUGGUUGAUUUGAAUGCACCUUCUGAAAUGCCCAGCAAACCAGCUGUUUCGUAGCCACAAUAUUAAAACAGAAUGCAGAUAAAACCAGAUAGAGCACCUGACAUGAACCUAGGCACGAAAUGCAGAUACCACACAGUCACUUCUAAACCAGUCAAUCUUGUAAAUUUCUUCUUCACAAAACACAAAAGAUUCUGUAGAUGCUGAAAAUCUUGGGUCGAAAUAUUGACUGUUUAUUCCCCUCCAAAGAUACUGCAUGACUUGCUGAGUUCCUCCAGCAUUUUACAUGUCUUUCUCUUCAAAAAAUCCUGGAGUGUGACGUCUAACUUGGAGAUCUGUCCCACAACCUACUUUCGCAUAUGUUAUGCCUGCAGCAGAUUCACACAGCCAUUCCCUUCAGGCAUUGUCAAUCUCCUCCAUCACAACCCAUGGAUAGGCAACAUCCCACCAAUAGGCUGGGCUAGGCUGGGCACUUAAUCUCCAAACAGUUUCUUACAGAAUUCCAUAAUGGCAUCCCAAAUUUACAGUCACAGAAUAUUUCAAAUCCCAUUCCCAGAGUGACCUUCCCAUCAUUGGCACUUAACUACUGCCAGGAUGAAGCCCAACGCAUACUGGAGGAGCAACACUUUAUAUUCCACCUGUAAUCCUAAAGCAUGAAUAUUGAGUUUAGGUAAAUCCCACUCCUACUUGUUCCUACCCACCCCACAUCAUCCGCACUCCCCCGAUCUCCUUCUGAUAUUUCAGUCAUCACAUUUUUGUCGCUUUCCCACCUCCCCAGCCCUUUUCACCCAUCUUUUGCCCCUUCCCAUUUCCUCCAGCUGCCUUCAUCCAUUUGUCCUAUUCCCCCGCCCUCCUGGCUCUAUCCACCCAUUUCAUACACAGGUUCCUCUCAACCUGGUUCCAAUUUCAUCACCUCUCUCUUCUCCUCUGAUGGUUCUUUCUCACCAGCAGAAUCCAGCUCCAGUAGCACCUUGUGUCCCUGCUGGGAUCGCUUCAGCAGCUGCGUCCCACCUUCACAUCACUCUGCUUUACUCAGAACCAGAAUCAGGUUCAUUAUAAACACAAGAGAUUCUGCAGAUGCUGGAAAUCCAGAAUGACACACACAAAAUGCUGGUGGAACUCAGCAGGCCAUGCAGCAGACUUGGAGAGGAAUAAACAGUUGAUGUUGUUAUCCACCUAGAUGGACUACAUAACCCCUACGCCCAUCAAUGACCUUUCCCCUCACCUGGCUUCACCUAUCACAUGCCAGCUUUUACUCCUCCCCCCCCCCCCCCAAUUUCUCAUUCUGCCUUCAUCCCCAUUCCUUUCCAGUUCCAAUGAAGGGUCUGAGACUGAAACAUUGAAUAAUUAUUCCUCUCCAUAGACGCUGACUUGCUGUGUUCCUUCAGCAUUUUGUGUAGUUCUCUCAGUUUUAUUAUCACUGACCUUGCAAUACAAUAUGAAAGAUGUAA